AUGCCCGCGAGAACUGAAGCAAACGGUGAGGGUGGAGAAGAGGACCGCAAUCCUCUCGGCUAUCAUCGAGUACCAAAUUGUUUGUCCUCGAACCUCUGGCAUCAGGAAUACGAAGGGGAACGAAACGAACAAGGCGAGAGACACGGUCAGGGCAAAGCACUCCUACCGAACGGCGAUAUGUACGUCGGAUCUUAUUGCAAAGGAUCGCGGCAUGGUAAAGGACUCUACGUUUUUCGCAACGGUGCGCGUUACGAGGGCGAAUGGCGCCGCGGCUUGAAGCAUGGUCACGGGACAUUUUGGUACCCGGACGGAACUAAGUACGAAGGAGAUUGGAAACGCGACACGAAGUACGGCUUUGGCGCGUAUUACUAUGCGAACAAGGACGUCUACGAAGGAUCCUGGAAGAAGAAUCUGCGACACGGUAUGGGAACGUACUUGUUCGAGGCGACUGGUACGAAAUUUAACGGAACUUGGAUCAAGGACCGUAUGCAGGGUCCAGGGCAGCUCAUUCAUCCUCGACACCGCUUUCACGGAUUUUGGGAACUGAAUCAGCCCUACGGCCGAGGGUGCUUCACGUUUGAGAGCAACUGCAUGCAGCAUGGACAUUACAUUCACAUCCGGGAUCCGGACUACGACGAAUCUCGAGAAGAGGUCGACGCGCCUGUUGAAGACUCUGUUGAGAGAAUGAUCGAAGAGGUACCUGAAACCACAGAAGAGGCAGUGCAGGAUGGAAAAGUGGCUCCACAAUCCAAGCCACCGCUAUUCGAAGAGCCGUUGCCCUUGAAAAAAGGAGUCAUACCUCUGUGGAGAGCCAGGUAUAUCACGGCGUAUAAUCCUGAUCUGCUUCCAUUGGAACCAGCGCCUCUGCAAGAGGAGGCGUCUACGGAUUCGCUAACUGAUAAAUGCGAUGAGGAUCUAUGGCUUGAAGAUAUUGAAUAUUUGAAACACGAAGAAGGAGAAGGCGAAUAUCACGGCGAGGGAAUCGAACGUGCAGAAUAUUUCGGGGACGAUGAUGCGAUGAGUGCAGAUGCUGUGUCAAGUGAAGAUAAAUUUUAAUGAUCACUCAUUGCCAGUUGUGAAUGUUCAAGUUUUAAAGACAAGUUCGACAGAAAUUUGAUAAUGGCCAUUAUAAUGAUUCGUGUACUGCGGAUAAUUAUUCGAAUUACAAUUCACAUUUAUGAUUUUCGAUAAGACGUUAGUUACUAACUUAUAGUACCGAACAAUAGCGACUGGUCACCCAGACAUUAGGAAACUUUGAAUUUCUACCAUGUUUUUGCGUACGGAAUUUUUUUAAAACGUUCCACCAGCCAGAUAUAAGGUAUGUUUCUUUCACUUUAUCUACAGAUCAUUUCAGCGUUAAUUACUUGAAGAGUUAGGACGGUAUAUUUCUUAGCUGUGGAAACACAUCUACAAGAUCGUGGAAUCACUAGCUGAGAAUAUACGAAGAAAAUAUGAAGAUAUUUUCCAUUUUUCGGCUCUCACUUUCGAUGCGUGGUUCGCAGUGAAUCUAGACUACGCGUAAUCGAUUCCUCUUGCAAAAUUACGUUAAUGUAAUGCAUCAAAGAAUCGAUUAUAGCAUUAUUCAAAUUUGGCCAAAUUUUUAUCAUGAAAGUCCAGCCUUGCUUUUUUUCGAUCUUGGGACCAGAAACUUUUUGCCUUAGAACUAUUUAAGUCUUAGAAUUGAUGCAAAUGACCUUUUCUAGACUAACUGGAUCCCUAGGAUCGCAAUAAAGACAUUCAAACUCUAGAACGCUACUAUAUAGUGGCGGUACACCCCAGUUGUUCCUUGGCAUAAGCUUUCUAUAUGCGAUAACAGGAUUUGAAUAUAAUCAAAUCUGUUCAACUCUUAAUAAGGAUGAGAAUGGUGUAGUUAAAAGUCAGUUUCAGAAUAUUGAAGUUAGUGAAAAAACGAUUUAAACGGAAAAGCAUUGUGAGCAUUUGCAAAUUUCUAAAUUUGGGAACUGGACAAAAUCAAUAAUAAUCCACUAUAAAUAUUUUUGUUACAACUUAUAAUGUAUAUUACGCAUCGGGAAAAUAUAAUAAUACUGAAAAGAAAUAAACUUGUGUAAAAUGGUUAGUUACAUUCGCUGCACAGUGGGCAGUAGAGUGUACGAUGUUCUUCGCACAAAAUUCGAUUGCAAAUUGCACAAACAGUACGGGAUUUUCGAUCGUUAGAUCUUGGGCAAAAAGCACACCUUGCCCGCUUUCCGGGGGUGGGGGUACUCUUUGUGCGAACGAUAGGCUUUUCAAUUUCCAGAAUUUCUUCAAUAUACAAUCGCAAGUUCCGACGUAGAUUUACAGUCCGCAGUUUCGCGCGUAGGUGAGGCUCGAUCAAUGCUCUA